AUGUUCCAGCCGUCUGCGAAACGCUGCUUCACCAUCGAGUCCCUGGUGGGGAAAGACACCCACCUCAGCCCCGAGGACCCUCCGCGCCCCGCCGCCCUCGCUUACCCCGGACCGGGACCCGCCGCCGCCACCGACGCUGCCGCUUUCGCCCCCGGUUUCCAGGGUGCUGCCGCCGCCGCCGCCGGCCGGGCCCUCUACGGCAGCGCCGAGCUCGUAUUCCCCGAGGCCGUGGGGCACCCGGCGCUGCCCGUCGGGCCCCAUCAGUUGGGGGGGUCAGCGCUGCCGCACCCUCACUCCUUCUUCGGGCCGCAACACCGCGACCCUCUGAACUUCUACCCCUGGGUGCUGCGGAACCGCUUCUUCGGGCACCGCUUCCAAGGGAGUGAGGUGUCCCAGGAGAGCCUGCUCCUCCACGGCCCCUUUGCACGGAAACCCAAACGCAUCCGCACUGCCUUCUCGCCAUCCCAGCUCCUGCGCCUGGAGCGAGCCUUUGAGAAGAACCACUAUGUGGUAGGCGCCGAGCGCAAGCAGCUGGCCAGCAGCCUCAGCCUCUCCGAGACACAGGUGAAAGUGUGGUUCCAGAACAGGAGGACGAAAUACAAACGUCAGAAGCUGGAGGAGGAAGGACCUGACUCGGAUCAGAAGAAGAAAGGUUCUCACCACAUCAACCGAUGGCGCCUCGCCACCAAGCAGUCAAGUGGAGAAGACAUCGACGUCACCUCCAACGACUAA